AUGCAUGAAACUAAUUCUCCGUUCGGAAAUUCUCAAGUCUUCUUUAAAGAUAUCAGCCAACGCCGGGAACGCGACAUUCCCAACGGGCUGUCCCGAGCUACGAUCCUCGAAGCCCUCCAUAACCACGACCUAAUGAUCAACACCAUCUACCCCGGACAGAUCAACACUGUUCGGCGGGACCUCUACUCAACCACAUUUACCUCAGUGGACCUCAAGACGAACGUACCGACAUCAUGCACGCUCACUAGCAUGGAACAUGGUAUUCGUGCAUUCACUGAUCCCGGACUGGGAAUGCACCUUACCUCCCACUGGACCAUUCAGAAUCGGCAUGAGGGCUUAAAAUCCGGUUCCGGGGAUGCACAUACUGGAUCUGCGGAUCUAUACCUCCUCGAAGAGAUGACCUUCCGUCUCUUCAGGCCUAUUGCUAAAUGGGCGAAAUUCGAUCCGGACAGGAGUCACACCACGGAUCGAAUUGUCAAGAUGCUGGAGCAACUGGCGGAGGGAAAACUGACCCUGAAUGAUUGCCUUGGUACAGGCUCUAGGGAGUCAGGGUGGUCAGACCACAUAGGACACGGAGGCAGAAACAUGACAUGUCAAAGGUAG